GCUGAAGGCAACCGCUAAUUUGUCAUCAGCAUCUCUGUCCUCUCAUCCAGCCAAAACUUAAUUAGCCGAAAAUUCUGUCAGUUUUCAACCUACUCUUACGGAGAGUUUCUACACAAAAAAUCCGAAGAAUCGCAUGUUAUUGGUGCUUAACCUCUGUGAUAACACAACCUCAAAAUACCUAAUGAAUUUUAUGAAUUCGUAAUUUUCAAAGGUUUUAUUCUAAUUUAGAUAAACGUCACUCUACCUUUAGAAGAUUUUUUUGUUGUGUAACCAUUUUUCAACUGUAUGAUAAGAUUCAAUAAUGGGCAAAAAAAAACGUCAACCUGAUGCAACAGAUAUUAGUAGUCUUUUAUCUGAGUCAGUCAGUGAAAGAAUAAGCUCAGCAGAUUCAUGCCGACAUAUUUCAAAAUCUAUUAACGCAUCAUAUGUCCGUAAAAUAUUAAAAAAAGAUGGAAUUCACAGUAAAUGUUUAGCAUGCAAUAACCUACAUUCUGAUUCAACUGAAAUAGAUAAUGACAACUUGUCAUCUUUGCUAAUUUGUCUGCAGUGCGGUAAUCAAUCAUGUGGUGAAACAGUUAAGAACCACGCGGAAGAGCAUUAUAAAAAACCACAUAGUGACUCCCAUUGCUUAGCUGUUAAUGUUCUGGUCUGGAAUGUUGUCUGUUAUGAAUGUAAAAUUUCUAUUGAUGCUAGUAAUAAAAAGCAAUUACAUGAAAUAAUAGAAUCUAUGAAAGUGUUGUCAACAUCGAAAUCAUGUUCACGUUCUGAUACUUCAUCUAAACCGAGCGAAACAAACCCACGGGAAUGCUAUAUUACGUCUCCUAUUAAUAAUAAUAAUGAACAAUCACUUGAGAAUUUUUCUAGGGUUAGAGGUUUGAGUAAUUUAGGGAAUACGUGUUUUUUGAAUGCAGUAUUGCAAUGUUUGGCCCAAACACCAUAUUUAGUGGAAGUUUUAGAAGAUUUAAUAAGCCCAGGAGAAAAGUUUAUACUUCCAGGCGGUGAGUUGAAAAUUCCCGUUAAUGAUGAUGAAAACGAAGUGAGUACUCAUACUUUACCACCAAUUGAAAGUAAGUUAGAUAGUUGUAGUAACUUUACUGCUGUGUUCCAUAAGACUUUAACCGAUAUGCAAAAUUCAAAUGGUAAUGAAACGUAUAAACCAUCUAUUUUAUUUAACGCACUUAAAAAAAAAACAACAAAUUGUAUGGACGGUAAUCAACAUGAUUCCCAUGAACUCCUCCGACAUUUACUUGAGUUGAUUAGAAAUGAAGAUCUCCAAAGGUAUCAAUCUGUUAUUUUAAAACAAAUCGGCUUUGAGAAUAAGCAAAAAAGACAAUGUAUGGACACUAUAAGCAAAGCAUAUAUAAAAUUUUACGGAAAUCAAGCUAAUUCUAGAUUAUUAGGUGUAGACACUUUAUUUCAAGGCAUCUUAGAGUCAACCAUUCAGUGUACUGAGUGUUUACAUUCUUCUAAACGCAGUGAAUUUUUUAUGGAUCUUAGUCUUCCUGUCAUGGUCGAUAAACCACAAUUUAAUUUCAGACAAAAAAAUGGUAAUGAAGUUGAUACAACAUCCAGCAAAUAUUUUUCAAAUAAUAAAAAAUCUAAGCAUCAGUUAAAAAAAGAAAAAAUAGCUUCUAGAAAAAACCGGAGACAUAAUCGACAAAGUACUAUUAUUAACGUUAAAGAGUUUUCUAAUCUUGAUAAAAAUUUAAAAUCUCAACAGAUUAGUAAUCAUCAUGACAAGGGAAACGAUUACUCUAAUUUAAAAAUUGAAGAAGAAAAGGAUGCUGAGAUUCAAGUUGAUUUGAAAAAUCACAUUGAUUAUACAAUAGAAUCAGACUACACUCCUUCAGAAUUGAAAACAGACAGACUUAAUGAAUCUUUACUGGAGGGUUUCGAUAAGGACUACCAUUUCAAUCCUGAAAUGAAAAACUUGUGUGAAGAAGAAAAUACUAAUGUCCCUGUCUUGAAUAACAUUAAUGAAUUAGCACAAAAGCUGUCAAAUACGUCCGUUAGUGAUGAUGAAUUAACUUUUCGAACAUUAGCACAUUACCAAACUGACGAUAAUAAUUUUUCAAUAGAGUCUUGUUUAAAUCAAUUUACUGCACUCGAACUAUUAACAGAUAGUAACAAAGUUCAGUGUAAAGUAUGCACUGAUAGAAUUAAUAAAAUAAAGUGUGGAGGAAUUCCUGACCCGAAAAUGGCUUACACUCCAAGUACAAAGCAAUAUCUUAUAUCUCAAGUACCUGCAAUUCUUAUACUUCAUUUAAAAAGAUUUCAAUCUCAAAGAUUCAAUAGAUAUCAAAAAGCUGACAAACACAUUUCCUUUCCAAUGUUGCUGGAUUUGGCUCCGGUUUGUAAAAAUAAUGCAAAACAAAAAUUGUAUUCUCUUUAUGGAUUAAUAGAGCACAGUGGAACUAUUAACGGCGGGCAUUAUGUAGCUUAUGUAAAGACUCGGAAGAAAUUCGAUUUCAACGAUUCAAGAUGGUCGUUCUUAAUAAGAAAAAAUGUUCCAAAUAUUGAUGACGAUCAAAAUCACCAUGAUACUCAUGAAGUUAUUGUAAAUAAAGAGAACAAAAACCUAAUUCCAACUGGCCGAUGGUACUACAUAUCCGAUUCAAAGGUAGUGGAAAUUGACGAAGCAGCUGUUUUAAAAAAAGAAGCGUAUUUACUAUUUUAUGAGCGAAUUUUAUGAUAAAAAAUCUAAUACUCGAGUCCAUCUAUAGUUAUGUUAUUCUGACUAUAAAAUUAUAAUUCAUGUGCAUAAGUUGGUGAAAAUGUUAUUGAAUUUUCAUUUAUAAUGAUAAGUUAAUGAAAUAUUUGUAAUUAUUUGUUCGAAAGCUCAAUAAAUUUUGCUUAUAAAAAGUUUCAAUUA